GCUAAAACCCUUGGCCAAACGCGAAGCUCAACGAUUGGUUCCGAUCUCUGUUUCACCGGACUUCUCGCAUCAAUUUCUUCCAGAGAGUCAAGGAAGUCAAGAAUGAGUGGUUUUAGAGCAUUCAAAGCGAAAGUGCCAAUUGAAUGGAGCGAGAGCUUGUACAUAACCUUAGUGAGAGGCCUCCCUGGAACCAGGAAGCUUCACAGGCGUACACUCGAGGCUAUGGGACUCCGCAGAUGCCACCGCACUGUUUUGCACUCCAACACUUCUUCCAUUAGAGGAAUGAUUCAACAGGUUAAGAGGAUGGUUGUUGUUGAAACUGAGGAGAUGUUCAAAGCUCGCAAACAAGCUGAAGCUAACCAUAAAGCUCUCCGUCCGCCACUUGUUGUCAGUCAUUCAAUCCCUUCUGCAACUGGCCCAACCAACAUGUCUUGAGCAUUUCAUGAUGUUGUUUAAGAUCCACUACCUGCUUUUGUAAUGAUGUUAAUUUAAGACUCCGGUAAGGUGUGAAGGAAGACAUAAAAAAGUGUACUGUAGACGUGAUAAGAAGUGUUGAGAUCGAUGAGUUUGGUGCCUCUUAUGUUUCUGAUGUGUACACUGGAUCCUUGUCAUGUCUGAUCUCAUUUUGUUAAAUCUCAAACCCAU